AAUUCUUUCGUUAUAAAAUCCUGAGAUGGAUGGAAAUACGCCAGUGUAUCUUCGGCAGUUCAAGUAUUAAUUCCUCAUUUUCAAAUUGAACCAACAUGGCUAAGCAUAUACUAAGUGCAAUCAUUUUGUUCUGCCUGCUGAGCUACAUUUCAACUGGGCCCAUUCCGAAAGAAUUUCAAGAAGUUGCUGGAGACAUUCGCAAGGUUUGCAUUGAAGAGACGGGUACCACUGUUGACCUAAUUGAAAGAGCUGGAAAGGGCGAUUUUGCUGAGGACGACAAAUUGAAAUGUUAUCUCAAGUGCUUAUUUGCACAAUUUGGACUGAUCUCGAAAAAGGGACUGAACUUUGAACAACUGGUUAAAGUCGCUCCCCCAGAUAUGAAGGACAUGGCAAAACAACUCGGAGUGACUUGCAAGGAUAUCAAGAUGAACGCAGCAGGAGAUCAAUGCGAUCUCUCUUAUCACAUGUCUAAAUGUUUCUUCAAUACUUUCCCUGACCAAUAUUUCAUCAUGUAACAACGGCAAGAAACAACUAUCCUACAGUUACCAAUGGUGUUACUAUGACGAAUUAAGAACCAAUUAUGAAUUUGCAAUAAUGAAUGUGUAAUUACAUCCAAAUAAAUCAAUUUCUAAGCGCA